UAUGACGGAGGAAAUAACUGGGAAUUGGAGCUAUUAUGUGUAUAUAUCACUAACAUUGGUUCCAGUCUAUUUGGCAUUUCAGCUCAUUAAGUUUUUGGGCUGGCAGCUAUUCGUGAACAACUGAGCAAACAACCAACAACAAACCAGAGACAAACAAGCAACAACCAAACAACCAAACAGACAACCAGACAACAGAAGGAGCUCAAGUUGGAAUUAUAAUCACAAUUUUGGAAUUGAAAUUGAAUCUGCAGUUGCAGUUGCAGUUGUAGUUGCAGCUGAAGUUGAAGUUAAAGUUGAAGUUGCUGGAGUUGUAGUUUAGAUUUUGAACUUGAAGCUGCUGUUGCUGUUGCUGUUCUAAAAGGUGCGUAGUCAUUUCAUGACAGUCGCUGCUGUCAGUCGAGCAACAGCUUCGAGUCUAGUCGAGUCGAGUGCUGAGUUGAGUUGAGUUGAUGGCAAAUAAUUUGAAAACUAUUUAAAUAUGCUUAUGACUGAAGUUUUUCACUUGCAGACGCAGUCACUGACAAGGACCUGUUACCAAGACAUAACCGGCUAAAAACUGGGCAAAGGCAGCAGAAGCAGUAAUAUAAGGAAGAAGACAUUCUAAAGCGCAUGUCCCUCCCAUUACCGACACACACACACACAGCCGAGACCAAAAAACAACGAAAACGAUAAGCGGCGCAUAAAAAUAAUAAACGGAACUGCGAACUGCGAACUGUAAACUGCAAGUGGAACUAGAGUUGAAAUUGAAAAUUGCUGUUGAUGUUGGUGUUGGUGUUGCUUUUGCCUUUGCUGAUGGCCACGCUGACCGCAGUGAGUCACUGAAAAUUGCGUUGGCUGCAAACAAAAGGCAAGGAAAUGCAAAGCAAUCAACGUCAUAAACAGCAGGAACAGGAACAGGAACAGGAGCAGCAG